AUGGAGAAGAUGAUGCAGGUUCUGCGUAAUCAGAGUUAUGAACCGACAAGGAAGAGAUGCGACUUGCAAGUUCCGUGCUUGCCGGAAGAAGUAACAAUGCAGACCGUUCGUGUUAUCGGAGAAGGGAGCUGCGGGAUCGUCUCGCUCGUGAAGGUGAACGAUCGAUCGUACUUUGCGAAGAAGACAACCUUCGCCAUGAGCAUGGCCGAAGAGUUUCUUCGCAAGGAACUCAGGAUCUUAAACAAGUUUAGUCAUGUCCCAAACAUCGUCAGAUGCUACAGCCCUUCUCUGGAGUUCGAAUCCAUCGGAGACGAUGUCCGAAUCUGCAAGUAUGCACCAAAAGGAACUCUAUCGGACAUUUUGGAGGGAAGGGAUUGGAAAUUGUCGGAAAAUGACGUCAGGCGUUGCACGCUUAUGAUUCUCCGAGGACUCAAGGCCCUUCACGGGAAGGGGUACGUCCAUUGCGAUCUCAAGUCGACGAACAUACUCGUGUUUUGCUCAGAAGCAUCGGGAGAGAUAUAUGAGGUGAAGAUUUGUGAUUUCGGGUUGGCGAGAGAGCCGGGCGAAUCUAGUUUCUCGCACAAGAGGAAGUACAGGGGAACGGCUCCGUACAUGUCGCCUGAGUCGAUAGGACCGAGUGGAAAGAUCGGUCCCGAUCUGGACAUCUGGUCUCUAGGCUGUCUGGUAAUUGAGAUGAUCGGUCUUAGCGAGGCGCCGGUGGAGGACGCUGAUGGCGGAGGUUUCUACCGGUGGGAGGUACCGGAAAAUAUCUCGGCGGAGGCCAAGGAUUUCGUCAGCAAAUGCAUGAAGCUGCAUCCGUUCGAGCGGUGGACCACGGAGAGGCUGAUGGAUCAUCCCUUUGUCGCCAAAGUAGCGUCUCAAAUUCCCAUGUGA